AUGUCCAAUUUACCUCAACCAAAGAGCUCAAUAGCUCCCGACAGUCCUUUGAGAGAGCAGAGAGUGCAUCAUAGACUCGUCGAGAGACUCACCGAUCGACUCGAAACCCCAAGUUUAGAUGAUCGUUCUUAUCGAGUUAUCAAGCUUCCCAAUCAAUUAGAGGUUUUGCUUGUUCAUGAUGCUGAAACAGACAAAGCCUCUGCAGCUAUGGACGUUAAUGUGGGGAAUUUCAGUGAUCCUGAAGAUUUCCCUGGUAUGGCGCAUGCUGUAGAGUAUCCUGUAGAAAAUGCAUAUUCACAAUACCUUUCUUCACAUUCGGGAAGUUCCAAUGCGUAUACCGGUGCCACAUCUACAAAUUAUUACUUUGAAGUUGCUGCGAAAUCAGGGGAGGAUGGAGCUUCAGGAGAUUCAAACCUCUCGCCUUUGUAUGGUGCUCUGGAUCGAUUCGCUCAAUUCUUCAUAGAUCCUCUAUUUCUCGAUUCGACUUUGGACAGAGAAUUGAAAGCUGUGGAUUCAGAGAACAAGAAGAAUUUACAAAGUGAUCAAUGGAGAUUGCAUCAAUUGGAUAAAUCAUUAUCGAACCCAAAGCAUCCUUAUUGCCACUUUUCCACGGGAAAUUUAGAGGUUUUGAAGAUACAACCAGAAUCGCGGGGAAUAAAUGUGCGAGAAAAGUUUAUGGAAUUUCAUGAAAAACAUUAUUCUGCGAAUCGCAUGAAGCUUGUCAUAUUGGGAAGAGAACCAUUGGAUAAACUGGAAUCAUGGGCGGCUGAUCUUUUUGCCGGUGUACGAAAUAAGGAUUUGCCACAAAAUCGAUGGGAGGAUGAGCGACCUUAUGGUCCAGAACAACUUUCCACUCAAUGUUUCGCGAAACCUGUUAUGGAUUCUCGAACUUUGGACAUUUCCAUCCCCUUCAUUGAUGAAGAAUUACUAUUCGAAUCACAACCUAGCCGAUAUUUGACACAUCUUAUUGGACAUGAAGGACCAGGUAGUAUCAUGGCUUAUAUAAAGUCAAAGGGAUGGGCAAAUGCUUUAAGUGCAGGUGUUUAUCCAAUAUGUCCUGGGACGCCUGGUUUGUUCAGUUGCCAAAUACGCUUGACAGAAGAUGGUCUCAAGAAUUACAAGGAAGUCGUGAAAGUCUUCUUUCAGUAUAUCGCACUGCUCAAAGAUGCACCACCUCAAGAAUGGAUAUUCAAUGAGCAGAAAGGUUUAGCUGAUGUUGAUUUCAAAUUCAAGCAAAAAACUCCAGCUAGUAGAUUCACCAGCAAAAUCAGUGCCGUCAUGCAAACACCAUUGCCCAGAGAAUGGCUGCUCAGUGGCCACAGCAGACUUCGAAAGUUUGAUGCAGGAAAAAUAUCUGCUGGACUUGAUUGCUUAAGGGCUGAUAAUUUCCGCAUGCAAAUCUCUUCACAAACCUUCCCCGGUGGUUGGGAUUCAAAAGAAAAAUGGUAUGGCACAGAGUACAAAUACGAGAAGAUUCCGGCGGAUUUCUUGGAAGAGAUAAAGAAGGCUGCUUCUAGCAAGAAAGGAGAACGCUUCCCAGAGUUACAUUUACCUCACGUAAAUCAAUUUAUCCCAACCAAACUCGAGGUUGAAAAGAAGGAAGUUCAAACACCUGCCAUUUCCCCCAAGUUGAUCAGAAAUGAUGACGCGGUAAGGACAUGGUUUAAGAAAGAUGAUACUUUCUGGGUUCCAAAAGCAAAUCUAUUCAUUCAAUGCAGAAAUCCAUUACCAAUGGCAACGGCAGAAAACUCUCUCAAAGCAAGAAUGUACACCGAUUUGGUUUACGACGCAUUAGAGGAUUACGCCUAUGAUGCUGAGCUUGCCGGACUCGAAUACUCUGUAUCUAGUCAUUCAAUGGGUUUGGAAAUUAGCGUUUCCGGAUAUAAUGACAAGCUCUCAGUUCUUUUGGAGAAGGUAUUGACUACCAUGAGAGAUCUUGAGAUCAAACAGGACCGAUUCGAGAUUAUCAAGGAGAGGUUGACAAGGGGUCUAAAGAACUGGGACUUUCAACAACCUUACAAUCAAGUCGGUGAUUACAUGAGAUGGCUCAGUAGUGAGAAAGGCUACAUAAAUGAGCAAUACCUAGCCGAAUUGCCACAUCUUACUGCGGCCGAUAUUCAACAGUUCUACCCACAUCUAUUAAGACAGAUGCACAUUGAAACUUUUGUACAUGGAAACCUGUACAAGGAGGAUGCUUUGAAAUUGGCCGAUUUGACAGAAAGCAUAUUGAAGCCAAGAGUAUUGCCUCAAACUCAAUGGCCAAUUGGUAGAUCUUUAGUCUUUCCACCUGGAGCUAACUUCGUCUACCACAAGACUCUUAAAGAUCCGGCCAAUGUCAAUCACUGUAUAGAAUACGUUCUAUCUAUCGGAGAUAAGGCAAUUCGUCCUCAACGAGCCAAGACCCUUCUUCUCGAUCAAAUGACUCAUGAACCUGCAUUUGAUCAAUUACGAACCAAAGAACAGCUAGGAUAUGUUGUAUUCAGUGGAUGUUCAACAACAACUACCACCAUCGCUUACAGAUUCAUCAUUCAAAGUGAAAAGACUCCACAAUAUCUUGAGGAACGAAUUGAUUCUUUCUUGGUUGGAUAUUCAGAAAUUCUUAAGAAUAUGUCAGAUUCUGAAUUUGAGGGUCACAAGAGAAGUUUAAUCACCAAGAGAUUGGAGAAGUUGAAGAAUUUGGAUCAAGAAUCAAAUCGUAUCUGGUCUCAUAUUGAUUAUGAGUACUUUGACUUUGAACUUGUCCAUCAUGAUGCUGCAAACGUCAAAGCACUCACCAAAGAAGACAUGAUACAAUUCUAUGAUCAAUUCAUCUUGCCAUCUUCUCCACUUCGAUCAAAACUCGCAAUUCACCUCAUUGCUCAAGGAACCUCUUUACCAGAAGAGAAACCAGAAGAGCAAAGUGUUCUUGCAAUUAAUAAAGAUCGUAAAGAUGCUGAGGAUGGAGAAGCUAUUGUGGUUAAGGUUGAAGGUAAUGGUACUAAGCCAUAUGUCAUUACAGAUGUACGACAAUUCAAGAGUAUGUUGCAAGUCACCGCGGGACCACAACCGGUCAAGCAUAUUAGUGAGUUUGAGGAUUUGGAUUCAAAACUAUAA